GCCUCCCGCCCUUGCGUCUGAGAGGUUGCAGGCGUUGAGGAGGUGGUGGUGUGAGUCGGGGGGAUCGGAGGGAAGCGAACGGCGGCCGGCGACGAGAUGGGUGGCGUUGGAGAAGAGGAGAGAUCGGGUAAGGAGGAUCAUGAGAAGGAGGAGGAGGACGUCGUCGGAAACAUGAACGAGCAGCAUGGGGAGAAGCUCAACAGGCAGAUGAGCGAGGCGUCGUUCUGUGAGACGGAGGAAGAGGAAGAGGACGAAGUGAAGGACGUGCCGGCUCAGCUGGAGUUGGGACCUCAGUGCUCCCUCAAGGAGCAGCUGGAGAAGGACAAGGACGACGAGAGCUUAAGAAGGUGGAAAGAACAGCUCUUGGGCAGCGUUGAUCUGAACUCCGUUGGAGAAACUCUGGAGCCAGAAGUGAAGAUCGUGAACCUUUCGAUCUUGUCACCUGGUAGACCUGACCUGGUUCUUCCCAUCCCAUUGGAGACCAAUCCAAACACCCCACUGUUUGUUCUCAAAGAGGGAAGCCAGUACAGCCUCAAGUUCUCUUUCGUGGUCAGCAACAACAUUGUCUCUGGGCUCAAGUACACCAACACUGUGUGGAAAACUGGUGUGAAAGUGGACAGCACAAAAGAAAUGUUGGGAACAUUUAGUCCCCAGCAAGAGCCAUAUACAUAUGAGAUGGCAGAAGAGACCACACCUUCUGGUAUUUUUGCUAGGGGCACAUAUUCAGCCAAAUCUAAGUUUGUAGACGAUGACAACACAUGCUACCUGGAAAUCAACUACACAUUCGCUAUAAAGAAAGACUGGCCAGCAUCUAGCUAGCUGAUUAUCAGGCAACUCGAGCCAUAUUUCACAGGCGACCGAUCAAGCUCCAAGCUUCGAAGACGGCGUGGAGACCCAAUGAAACUGAUCCUCAAUGGUGCAGCAGAUUUGGACAUAGGUUGAGCUAAUUCACCUCAUAUUGGAGUAUUACAAAAUUGAGAUCAUAGAGAAGCGAAGAGAAUCUUCUUUAGACAUUUAUGACAUUUCAACUAAUAAUAUAGAUGUAUAUUAGGUUGUCUUUUUGAUGGCAUUCUGAUUGGAAUCAUUUUCUUGAGAUGAUACAUUAAUUUUUUUGUUCUCUCUAUGUGAACGGUUGUAUUUUUCUUUUUGAAUUCUGACUAUGAUUGGUCCUAUUGUCAUAAUUUCGU